AUGUUACUGAGAUACUUUAUCAAGCCGCUGGUUCCUUUGAGAUACCAAUCGUGUUGCAUCAGGUCUUUUGCAUGUUCUUUUGCUACAUCUACUACCUUUGAGCGGGCAAUUGAAUAUGAGAUUGAUCUCAUAUCGCUCAAGAAGACCACAGGGGGUAAGCGGGAUCCAUCGUGUGCCAAAUUCAAGUUCAAUCCGUUUAAUUUGACGAGGUUAGAAUCGAAAUUGAUCAACCCCGAUAUUGUCACUAGAUGUGUCAACGAUGUCAGGAAGGAUCCGCUUGAUUAUAAGAACUACCCCAGUAAUGACAGCAAAGGACAUUUGGAAUUUAUUGAGAGGUAUAAUGUGGAACUUCGGAAGUUCUUGCAGUUCGUGCAACAGACUUGCGAACGGGAGAUAAAAACAUUCGACCAGCUCACGUCGCAAGAAAUAUUCAGUAGCUUGAACGUUUUCAGGGGUCACUGUCAGAAAGGGAAAAUCGAAGGCGUCAAUAAGUAUAACUAUACAUCGUAUAGUUAUAUGUUUGAGAGACUUUCCAAGUAUCUCCGAUAUGACUCGAGCUUUCCAACAUUUUUACAAAGCAAUUUAUUCAAUGAUUUUGAAAAUAAUAAGAUCAUUAUGGACUUGUAUAAAUUUGGCAUCGGAAAUUUCAUGAACGAAUUGGAAUCACUCUCGAAGGAGUUCUCGUUGGAGAAAAUGACUAAAGCUGAGAUUUCAAGUGCUAUCGAAUCGACGAUAAAACAGUAUGACGAUUUUAUACAAUUAAGUGAGGCAAGUAAUGAUUAUUCCGAAACUUUUUUUAAAGGUUGCAUUCAGAUUCAGAGAUAUAGACAUUUAAAAUCCAUUCUAGAUUCGCUUCCUAUUGAAUCGUCUCAUUUGUUAUAUGUCCUUAAUAACGAGAAUUCGAAGCUUAUUAUUGGCAAAAUAAAGGAUCUUUCAGGAGAAAAAGAAAGUUUUAAAAAAAUUAUUAAAAGACACCAAGCAGAACUAAACUUCAUUAGGUUUUUAUCUAAAGGGUCAUUUGAAAGUUUUGCCAGGUUGGCAUCAUUUUUAUAUAAGCUUUCAAUCUCUACAGAUGAUGAAUUAACUCAAACUAUCUCAUUGACACUUUUAGAAAAGCUUACUCCAUUCUUUACUAAUGGAACAUUACAAGAUUCGGACUUGAGAAUUAUCGAGUUAGAGGGGAUUCCUCCAGCUACUAUUUCUAGCGGUUUGAGAGAAAAUUAUGAAUUUUCUGUUUUAGCAAAGAUCGAACUAUUUAACUUUGUUGAUGAACUAAAACUAUUGAGAGCAUUUAGUUAUAAGAAGUUUGGAGAUCUAGUUGUUGCAGACACAUUUGAGGAAUUAGAUAAAUUAAUAGGCACUUUUAAAGGCAGUAGUGUAAUCCUAGACAACUUACAAGUGCUAGAGUUAGAGUUAUGUACCUUAUCAAGAUAUAUAACGUGGGAUCUCUCAGUCUUAGAUAAAUUGGUAGAUAAUCCUUCUUGGGUUUCAUACUUGACAGAAGUUUAUGAAGCUGAGUUCGAAAAUUCUGGCAUACAGUUUGAUUUUACAAAAAGAGUUCCUACAGUACCACAGUAUACCCAAAUUCCAGAUGACCUAUUUUUGCAUGAAUUCGUUAAUGAAUUAAAGACUUUAAGAACAGAUUUACUAGGUGGAUUUAACUUUAAACUUUUUUCUCCUUCUGGGGUUCUUAGUAUUUUGGAGCAUGCAAUCGAAGAAGCCCAGACUGGAUAUAUCUUGAGUCCUAGUUUAACUAGUGAUACAGUUGAUGAUUUCAUUAAACUCAAUAGUAAAUUAUGGAAAUUAUUUCAAAUUAAUGGAGGUAAUACAGGAAUCUUAGACACCCUAAUUCAUUCGCAAUCUAUUUUUGAAUCGGUUGCUAAAAAGUCUAAAUCUGUACAAAGAAAGGAAGAUUAUACUCAAAUUCCCGAGGAUAUUGAAUUGCACAAGUAUUGCAAGGAAUUAGAUAUUCUUAGAUAUGAGUUGGGUUGUCCUUAUAAAGAUUGUACUGUUAGCCAAAUAAAGAGUUUCUUGAAUGACAAGAUUGAUGGUGUACUUAACAACAGUAAGAUACAAUCUUCUAUCUCCAAGGAAAACAUUGAAAAUUUUAUAGAGCUAGAAGAAAGAUUGAACAAAUUGUUCAGGAUUAGCAACUACCCUGCUAUAUUAGAUACCUUACUUCAUAGCCAAUCUGUUUUCGAAGGAUUUGAAAAGAAGAAGAAACAACCAAAUAUCUAUACCCAGAUUCCUGAUGAUCUUGAUUUGCAUAAGUUCUCAAAUGAAUUGGAGAUAUUUAGAGAGGAUGAGUUGAAAGGCUCGUACAGUGAAUAUUCUGCAGAUCAAAUUGAAUCUCUUAUGAACAAAAGAAUGGCAGAAAUUAAUAAUGGAACAGAAAAUUUCAAUGUUACUUCUCGUAUGAAUAAGGCUAAUUUACAUGAAUUUAUGAGGCUAGGUAGGAGACUUGCUAGGUUAUUUGAUAUUAACGGCGGUAAUACUGAAAUUUUGGAUACAUUGAUUCAAAGCCAAUCUAUAUUUGAUAAAUUUGAAAAAUCCAAAACCACAUCAAAUAAAUUUACUAGUCCAUAUAAACAGAUUCCAGAUACUUUCAUUUUGGAAGAGUAUAUGCUUGAAUUGAUUCAAUUGAGGACUGAAUUAGGAGGAAGUGAUUUUAAGUCGUUUGAUUGCAAAAUAAUUCUUGAGACAUUAAAAAAGAUGUUAACUAAUAAGAAAAAGUUUAACUUGGAUAAGAGAAUAACAUAUUCCAAAUUAUACCGUAAUAUAUCUUAUCUAUUCAAACAUAAUGGAAAUAGAUCUUUUAUAUUGGACAAUGUGUUAGUUAGUGGGGAAGUUUUUGCUAAAUUUGAAGCGGAUAAGGCAUUUAACAAGUCUCAAAAUCCUGAAAAUUUGAUCAUUUCGCAAAUCACAAAGUUCGUAAAUGAGUUCGAUGUUUCACUUAACCAACUUUUUAAUCAACUUCGAUUGAAUGGUGCCUCAGAUUUUAUUGGAAUAGAUGAGCUGGGAUUCGAUAAGUAUAUAUCAGAGUUUUUACUAUCAAACAAGGACAACUAUCAAUAUUCAGUUUAUCUUGAUAUGAUUGAUAAAAUUAAGUUUUUCAAUCUGAAGAUUAAUAACUAUCCAUUCUUCUUGUAUAAUUUAGUUCAAAAAAGGAAUGCUGGUGAAAUUAUUAAUGACAGGUUGGUCAAAUCUGUUCAUGAAGAAAGUGAACGGGUGAUGCAUAAUGAAGUCAAUUUAAAUGAAAGCAAAAGAAAAAUAUCAGUCCCAAUAUCUGAAGCUGCUAACAGGUUUGAUAUUCAUGACUUUACUGAAGAAAAUACGAAACCGAGACAAGAAUAUACAAAUUCAGCGUCAUUAUUAGCUUCAUUAUCCAAACAGAAAAGUGCAGCCAAUCUUGAAUCUAAUGGAAUGCCAAAGGCUAAGAAUUCAACUGAUGAUUUACUUGAAUCAGAAUUAGAAAUAAAAGAUGCAGUCGCUUUUGCGUUAAACAACAAUCAAAAUGAAAAUCGUGAUGAAAAUGCUCAGUUACAAGAUUUGACUACUGAAAAGGUUAGGGAAACGUUCAAGCACUAUAGGCCACCAUCACCUUCACCAAUUCCAACUUCACAAAUUGACAAAUCAUCGAUUGAGAGUUUUUUGAAUAAUGCUAAAAAGGAAAAGGAUUUAGCAAAAGAGAGAAAGUUCAGAGAAUCUAAGGCCUAUGAAUGGAGCAAGAGCAUGUAUAAUACACGCAGGUCAUUGGAAUCGCAUAACUUCUUUGAUCCUAUAGUUCCUAUCAGCAAGAUGUCUAAAGAAUCAAAGGAAUUAUUUUUCCCUAUUCUAAAUAAUGGUGAGGCCGAAUACUUGUUAUUGACUAUUGGUGGUCAGACGAUACUGUCUAAAGAAAAUCCAUUAGGUAAAAACAGCUCUCCACAAAACAUGUUCACCAUUUUAAAUAAGUUUUCCGAGGAAGAUUUAGGAAGGUUUAUUAAGAAUGUUAAUAAAUUACAAAAGAACAAUUGGAGAUUGAUCGGUGGUGGCAGCGGUAGCGAGAAUGAAAAAAUGUUGGUUUUGACUAGAAACAAGACUGCGAAAAAGGAUGUAUAUUUAGCGAGAAUUAAAACUAUAUUUGCUACUACUGGAGCAGUAUUCCUAGUCUUGGUGUCACUUAACUUAUGGCUCGAUGAUGGAAGCGCUAAUCCGAUCGAUGUCUCGACACCUAUGGAAAGUCACACACCUAAUAAUGACGUAGCUAAGGAAACAGACAACAAGCUUGAUAUUAGAAAUACGUCCCAGGAAGACCCCUCGACCUGGAAAAAGUUGCUUUGGUGUAUUAAGUAG